AUGCCUGUAUCCUGGGAACGUCUGAUCCGGUUCGUCGCCACUGACGGCCGCGUCCUUCGGGGAGAGCCGAUUCUCCCCGACCCCGACUUUGACCUCGGACAAACGACUGAAGCAACUGGACUAAGGGCCAGAGUCAUCCAGGGUGACGAUAUCUACGAUGAGACCGGUGCUACCAAGGUAACAAACGAGGUCGUCACUGUCAAGAAGCUACUAGGUCCUCUGUCACCGGACGACGUCCCGAUCAUCCGUUGCAUUGGCCUGAACUAUGUCAGCCACAUCCGAGAAACCGGGCGAAAAACGCCCAACUACCCAUUCAUGUUUUUCAAGACGCGACAGACUGUCCAUGAUCAUGGCGCGAAUGUCGUCAUACCGAAGAUUGCACAGCCCAAUCAGCCAGAUUACGAGGGUGAACUUUGCGUGAUCAUCGGGAAGGACGCGAAGGAUGUGUCUGAAGCAGACGCGUUGAAAUACGUUGCUGCUUACACCGCUGGCAACGACAUUUCGACCAGAAAGCUGCAAAGAGACCCGGAGCUGGCUGGACCAGUACCGCAAUGGGGAUUCUCCAAGGGAUUCGACACCUUUGCCCCCCUAGGACCGGUCCUGGUCAACAGCAGCCUCGUGCCCGACCCUUCCAAGCUCCACCUGCGCACCAUUGUCGACGGCGAGGCGCGCCAGUCCUCGGGUCUCGAUGACCUGCUCUUCAACGUGCCGUACAUGAUUUCCUAUCUUUCAUCCGGUACUACGCUGGAGAAGGGAAGCGUUAUCAUGACGGGAACGCCCGGAGGGGUUGGGUCGGGACAAAAGCCUCCCAAGUUUCUGGAGCCUGGGACUCAGAUGGAGGUUCACAUUACCCAGAUCGGGACUCUGAAGAAUGGUGUAGACACUCCUCUGAAGACACUCGCUGCUCCACCCGGAAAGUUCGGUUUCUCAUCCCCAUCUCCAGUCCCUAUGGCUAAGAACGCCCAAGGUGGAGACGAGCUUGGCUCCCAGACAGAGUCGCCCAACCUGAGAAGCCCAAAUGACGCCAUGAGCGAAGAGCCUCAGGAGAGUCUUUCAGGCGUCAAACGUCGACGAACUGCUCUUGCCUGCAACCCGUGCCGUGCACGGAAAUCACGAUGUAAUGGCGCUCGUCCCAAAUGUGAGCUUUGUGUGCGCAUGUGCUUCGAGUGCACCUACGAUACAUCCACGUCUGGUGCAAAUGUCAUUAUCCGCAAGGAGUGGGUAGACUCUUCCCUUGGCUCUGCCUUCAACGACCUUGAGGCAAGGCUCAAGAGUCUCGAAGAGGAAGUUAGGCGACACAGUGAACAGCUUUCCACCCAAGAGAGGAGCAGCAUCAGCACUGAGUUGCUGCCGUCGAGUUAUGGUGGCUCGGUACUGUCAGAGGCACUUGCGAGUGUAUCUGUGCCCUCUCUGCCGUGGGAGAGCGCGGACAUGGCGCAGAGCACAGUCCAUACGGUGGGACUGGACCCAGGGUCCGAGCACAAUGAUACAGACGGCAUGGCCAUCUCGUUCGUCGAUGAGCAGGACAAGGGCUUCUUUGGUCCAUCCGCCAACAUCUCCUUCAUGCGAAUCAUCCUACGUGCGGUUGCAGGGGCCAGGCCAGUAACAGGGAUGCAAGGGUCACCCAAUUCACACACCAGCAUCUUCGAUGGCGGCAUGGUGAAUAUCAACUCUUUCCGCUCGCGGCUCCUUCCCGUUCAGCCAGACGUGUCAUCGCUAGAGUACCCUGCUGCCAGCCCAUGCAUCUUGCCGCGCGCCGACAUUGCAGAGAACCUGAUACACGAAUACUUCUCGAAUACCGGCCUCCUGUUUCCAUACAUCCAUAAGCCGUCAUUCAUCGCAACCUACGAGCAAGCCAAGCAGUCGGGCUUCAACGGCGUGAGGCGAACGUGGCUCGCGCUGCUGAACGUCAUGUUUGCCAUGGCCACCCGCGCUGAUCCUCGCCACGGAGACACAGCCCGAGCCUUUACUGAGUCGGAUACUUUCUAUGCGCGAGCCGAGGAGUUGUGCAGGACGCAGAUGCUCCGGGGAACGACUUUGGAGACAGUGCAAUACCUCUUACUUUCCAGCCAGUAUCUACAGGGAACUCAGAGGGCAGUCCAGACCUGGACCACCCAUGGCCUGGCGGUCAAAGCGGCUCUCUCCAUUGGCUUGCACUCUCAGGCCGCUUUGAGCAAACUCCCCCCUCUCGAGCAAGAAAUGAGAAAGCGAACUUGGUUUGGCUGCGUGAUUCUAGAUAGGAGCUUGAGUAUGACCUUUGGUCGACCAAGUGCCAUACCUGAGGAUUACAUCAGACUGCCUUUGCCCCAACCCGUUGUCGGUGACCCAGAGAACGGUGCCUCGGUGCUAUUCUUCUCAGCCACUAUUAGCUUACCUCUGCAUUUCAGAUCACUCUACACUAUCCUCUGGAAAGUGAUGGCGAGGAUAUACGGGCAUAAUGUUGAGUUCGAGGACUUGUCGGAGACCGAGCUGAUUACUCGGAUCAUUCAGCUUGAGCAAGAGCUGGUCCAAUGGCAGAAUCAGCUUCCCAGGCAGCUGAGGCUGAGGACAUCAGCAAGCCUGCCUAGCAGUCUCGAGGAUCCCUGCGCGGAGAAAUUGCGCAUCGUUCUCACGCUACGCUACUUCAACACGCAACUGCUCCUGCUCAGACCUGUGCUGACGAACCUCCUUCAGUCGCGGCUCAAGGCAGGGGCUCGCACAGAGGACCAGGAUUCAAUCAGCACGAUCCAAAAGAACCUGACCACGUCUUGUUUCAAGGCUGCCGUGGAGGCAAUCUCAAUUAUCCAUGCGGUCAUUACACGCAAGGAGUUGGGCAAGCAUCUCUUGGGUGCAUGGUGGUUCACCCUAUAUUACGCUUUCAACGCCUCCUUGGCAGUCUUUAGCAUUCUUAUUCUCCCUAUGAAUCUGGACGACGACAACGGCGGGUCCGUUUCAAAGCGCUAUCAGGAAGGCCGAGCGACCCUGGCCCUGGCUUGCGACGCUUUGCUUGAUAUGGCCAGCUCCUUGAUAACCAAGGUAUGUUUUUCUCCCGGCGAUACCCAGCCUGGCCUUGGACUGACAUGGCUCCGCGAAGCUUCACUAGCAUUGAGCAGAGCCCAGAAUUUAUCGCUUGGUGCCCCUGAGGGUCAGGACGCGCUUGCAGUACCCCACGAAGGAGCUUUUGGGGAUCACGCAAUGUUUGGCACCCCGUUCAUGGAUUUCAAUGCCAUGUUUGAGGAUGAAGUUAGCCUUGGACUGCUGUUUAACGACGAGAGUCAGGCUCGUCUGGACUGUACAUACCCAAUGUAA